ACUGCGGACACAGUACAGGGAUGACCAGAGACUGCGGACACAGUACAGGAGAUGACCAGAGACUGCGGACAGUACAGGGAUGACCAGAGACUGCGGACACAGUACAGGAGAUGACCAGAGACUGCGGACACAGUACAGGGAUGACCAGAGACUGCGGACACAGUACAGGGAUGACCAGAGACUGCGGACAGUACAGGAGAUGACCAGAGACUGCGGACACAGUACAGGAGAUGACCAGAGACUGCGGACACAGUACAGGAGAUGACCAGAGACUGCGGACACAGUACAGGAGAUGACCAGAGACUGCGGACACAGUACAGGAGAUGACCAGAGACUGCGGACA